AUGAAAGAAGACAGCCAUUACUGCCUUAGCGUAUUACCUACUGAGAUCGUGCUUUAUAUAUUUACUUAUUUACCUGCGAAAGAAUUGAUUAGGUGCAGGCAAGUAUGCUUACGCUUUAAGCAAAUAGUCGAUGAACUGACAAGACGUGACGCACUGUGGCGAGAAUACUGCAAAAAAAACUAUCCAACUGUUUACAAAAUAGCUCAAUACAAAUCCAAACCAGAUUUGUUGUGGUAUAAUAUUUUUAAAUCUCUUACGCUGUGGCCUAAGAUAGCAGAUGCUAGAGAAGAUUGGGAUGAAUUUGCAUCGGCGUCUAGUGUGAAUGAGAAGAUAUCGAACUUCGAGAUACUCCGGGAUGGUGUGAUUGGUGUUCAUAAACGCGGAGGUAUAGUUUACUACGAUAUUGAAACAUUACAAAGAGCAAGGCGAGAGACAAUCACUGGGGACUACAUGAAAUACAAAGAGAAUGAUGACACGAUUGUGAUACAAAGCUACCAUCUCCAACUUUAUAUAAUACGUAAAAUCAUACAAAACCCUCGAUUGGAGACUAAUGUAACAUUUGACAACAUUAAAACAUUCAUACUUGAGGACCAAGAGAUAUACUAUGUAACACUCAAUGAUGAUAUUUAUGUAUGCAGACUGGAAAAUCUCUCUACUGAAUUGCUGGAGCACAGUGAUGAAAGUAUCAUGUCACUUGGAUACUGUCAAAGCAGACUCCAUGUGCUUACCUUGCAAAGACACAUUUAUACAUAUAAUGGAAAAAAACUAGUAUUCACCUGCUUAUUGGGACCAGAUAGAAAUUUACUCAAUCUGCUAUAUAAAUACAGUUUUCUAGAUACGGUAGACUGGAAGAUAUAUAAUCAAUGGAUGUAUGUUCUCAAUCGGUACAUUCCUGAGGGACCUUUACGUGAUAUUAUCACUGUCCGAGUGUAUGGAGAAGUUGUGUUUGUAGGUUCUAACUGGGGAGUCUUGCGGAUCUACUAUUCUCCUUUCACUAAUGAGGAAUUCGAUUUAUACAACUCUGAGCCUAUAAAACAGUACAAUUUCACUGAACGCAGUGAUUGCCCAGUACUUUCGAUGUGCCCAAUUGUCCAAAUAGAUGUGUCAGAGUCUGAAGAUGGUCAUAUGGUGAUUGUAGCAAUGCCCAAGAAGAUAGCCGUCCUCACUUUCACCCACAAUUUUAAAGGAACAGCGUCAGUAGCUAUGUUGCCUUAUAAGGAUGCCCAGACAACAAAGGCAUUGAAGAUCGAAGACUGUGCAUAA